CCUUUAAUUGUUGUGUAGCUCACCGCAGCCUCGAACAAACAACUAUGUCUUUUGUGGAGACUCUGCGUCGCUGGGAUGAGGCCGUCAAUUGUGUCGACAGACAGGAGUUGUCAGAAGCGCUCAGAAUCCUCCUGUCGAUCCAAGAACCAAACUCCAAAAUUUGCUUUGACAUAGGCUGCCUACAUCUCCUUAACCAGGACCUAGAUGCUGCAGAAAAGGCCUUUGAUUGCAGCAUACGCAAGGAUGAACAUUUGGCCAUUGCCUUUUUUCAAAGAGGAAUCACCUUUUACAAAAAGAAAAGAUAUGAGGAGAGCUUGGGUGAUUUCCAACGUGCCUUCAAAGCACUGAGAGGCAACCAGCUGAUAGAUUACAAAGCACUUGGUCUCAGAUACAAACUAUAUGCAUGUGAGAUUCUCCACAAUAUGGCUCUGGCUGAGGCUCAGCUUGGUAACUGGGAAAAAGCCCAGGACCACCUUGUCAAAGCUCUGGACCUUAAGACAGAGGCCAAACUCAAUCUGAUUGACAGGGCCCUGCAGUCGAUCCUGAAACAGAAGCUUUUUAAACUAGUGGAGUUCCCAUCCAAAGAGCUGUUUAAACCAAAUAAGCACUAUGUUGCUGAGCUGGAGAAGAAGGACUAUCUAGGUAAAGCAAAGGUGGUUGCAUCCGUCGUGCCUCAGGAUGACUUCUCAGGGUUCGCUCCAUUACAGCCACAGGUUGAAGAUGGUCCAGUUCAGAAAAAGGAGCCAGAGGUUUUCAGAACUUUGCAGGGAGAACCUCACACUGUCCUGUUUGAGUUCGUCCCUGAAACGAGCGAUGAGUUGGCUGUGGUGCCGGGAAACAUAGUGUUUGUUCUGCAGAAGGACGCCGACAACUGGGCCUCUGUGGUCUUCAAUGAAAGAAGAGGACUGGUUCCUUACAAUUACCUGGAACGCUUGGAGCUCUCACUGGCUUCCAAACAAAACGAGGGAGAACGCGCAUCUCCCAGCCGACCGCCUCCGACCAGACCAGAGAGAAAACAAGGUUUCACUCCCAAAGAGAGCAGAGCUGCACCCACACAGCAGGAGGAUGCACAGUCCACUGACAACUUGUGUAUAGUCAAAGUCCACUUCACAUUCAACUUCGCUGUGUCAGUGCUGUGUGGAUCCCCUUCUGUGAUACUCAUCGACAAAAUAAGUAAAAAACUAAAAGUCCCUUCUGCUUCCAUCACCUUGAGUAAAAGCCCAGAUGCCAAAAGACAAAAUGAAAUCAGUGCCAACACAGAAAUGGACAACGUGUGGCAUAACGUCAAUAACAGGCGUCUCACCGUGUGGUGUAAAGUUAAAGAGAAAACUGAGGAAAAGCUGAAGAAUGAGAUUCACCUGGUUGCCCUUCAUUCCUACAAGUCUUCAAACCCUGAGGACCUCAGUUUUGAUGAAGGGGAUACAAUCACAAUGCUUUCUAGAGUUAACCAGGACUGGUUGGAAGGAAAAUGUAAAGGGAAUACUGGAAUUUUCCCUGCAUCCUUUGUACAGGAGGUUCCUGUGGAUGGCCAGUAAUAUUAUGAGGUCACAAAGCAGUACAGUGACAAAACUGUUCAAAUCUGGUGUUUAUGGAAAGGGAAUUUUUCCAGCUCCAGUAAUUAUGCAUUAUACACAGAACACACAUGUAUGUAACUGCGGCUAGUCUUAAUUAAACAACUGGAAGACCUUGAAGAGUAUUUGUGGAUCAUGAAGGCGUCCCUUCCUCUUCAUAGGCAAUAGCUAUACCUCUUCUGCCCUCUACUGCUUUCACCACAGGCGUCUCUCCCAGCUUUUGCUCUAAGCCACGCCAGCUUCGAUGCGCCAGAAAAGAUGCUGAAACGAAAAAGUCAAGACGUGUCAUUCUUUGUAUUUGGUUUAAAGGCAGGAUAAUGAUGAUGAGCGCCAAAAGUAAAGCUUAAAUGCACAACUCUACAAUAAAGAUAUGGAUGCACUGAAA